AUGGAGAGGACCGGGCUGGUGCUGUUGCUGGUUUUCUGCCCCCUAUUGGUGGUAGUGCAUGCCAGCAGCAGUAAGGCAGAGAACGGACACAGCACACACCUGGGAGACACAGACCCAGACCGCUGUAUGAGGCAUCACUUCGUAGAGACCAUCACACACCCCAUCUACAAGUGUAACUCCAAGAUGGUGUUGCUGGCUCGGUGUGAGGGCCACUGCAGCCACACGUCCCGCUCCGACCCUCUCAUCUCCUUCAGUUCGGUGUUGAAGCAGCCCUUUAAGAACACCUGUUUCUGCUGCAGGCCCCACACCUCCAAGCUGAAGGCUGUGAGGCUCCGCUGUGCCGGAGGAACACGCAUCACCGCCACCUACCGCUACAUCCUUGCCUGCAACUGUGAGGAGUGCAGCUGA